GGAAUUGCCAAGCGCAGAGAGAAUAGCUGCCGUCCUUUCAACGGCCAGGAUCCUGUGGAGAUUUACGGAGGCUUUGGUUGGCGCGAUGCGGUCUUCGUCUUCGUCUUCCACUCAGCAGCAGGUCCCUCGCCAGAACCGCAGCGGCAGCAUGUCGGCCAGGGAAUACGAGAAGCGUCUGAAGGUAUGCAUCUUCUGCAUCAACACACCGACCCCACCAUACGGAAGGUCAAUGGUGUGGACAGGAGGUGUUGUUGGAGGUCAAGAAGGCCCGCCGUCCGUCUGAGCCCGAGACCAUCUCCCUCAAAGGCAUCUGGGACCCGCUCGAGUUCGCCGGAGGGCUGGACGGCUGCGGCGGGCUGUAUCAUGAGGCCCAGCAGGUGUGGAAGCAGAAGAAGGCCGCCGUGGUGCACCCCUACAGCUCAAUCAUACUCACCAACGUACCCAAGACGGAGCGCAAAUCCAACAACCGUAGGCUGCGCAGCACACGUCCAUGGAGAGAGAUGGAGGGGUGUGUGUGUGCGUGUUGUACAGGCUGGCGCGACUAUGAGAAGGGCAACAUGGGUGAGCUGGGCAUCUGCAGUGGCGACUGUGGCGAGAAUCAGGCGCUGGCACUCGCUGUGAGGGCCAAGGAUCCGGUACGACGAACACACGCACCCUCAGCUCUCUCUCUCUCUCUCUCUGUGUGUGUGUGUGUGUGUCUGUGUGUGUGCGUGUGUGUCAGUCUAAGGGCAUAACGUUUGCGGAUAUCAUGUCGGAGAUGCAGGCAUACGAGAAUGGAAAAAUGUGCUCAUUCUACACUGACGAGACCGAGUGAGUCAGUCAGUCUUGCAACGCCAUAAACACACGUGUGCAUCGCGCGUGAAGUGAUGCGUGAUUGGUGCUAUCAGGGCAGUGUCGUGUGCCCGUCGUGAGUACUGCGGUCGCUAUCGGCUGGAGUACGGUCGCGACUACACCUACCUCGACCUCUGACCGAACCGCACAGCCACAUUAGAUAGAAGAAACACACCAACACCAACACGAGUCGAUUGAGCCGACAGAAACAGAGAAGGAGAGACCGAUGCGUGAGUGUGUUCGUGCCUUGUGUGUACAGCCAGCCUGCCUUUGCG